GGAUCUUCCCUCUGUUGCUGUUCCCUUCCGCCUCCAGCCACGAGAAGCGUCUCCCGUUCCAGUCCGAGACGGCGGAGGGGUCAGCGAGGCGAGCCGGAGGAUGGCGAAGGCCGGAGGGGGUCUAAUCUGGGCGACGGCGGAGGACCUGGCGCGGAGCCGGCCGGUGGUGUUGUCGAUGUAUCGGCAGAUCCUGCGGGCGCUCAACUCGCCGGCGCUGCCGCUGGGUCACGCGGCGCGGCUGGCCAAGAAGGCGGAGUGCCGCGCCAUCUUCAUCUUCGGUGCCGAGGAGAGGUCGCUGCACAACAUCCGGGACCUCCUCGACGCCGGGCGCCACACCCUCGGCCUGCUCAAUCGCGGCCGCCUCCCGUAGAGAUGAAGGAAGAACCUAGCCCUAACCUCACGGGUAUCUGGUAUCCUCCUGUUUCCUUCUGUAGCUAUGUUCGAAUCGAUUGUAAGAUUUCUUUCUUCGUGUCACUGAAUGGCUGAUUUAGACGGCAUAAAUUUGGUGCCAUGCCCUCGAGUGAACCAUUUGUUGUCGAGUUGGUUCCCUAUGUAUACACUGGCAACACUGCGAAGCAUAAAUAUAUUGUGAACCCAAAUGAAACAAAUUUUUCAUCUGGCUUCGAAAAUUCAGAUCGUACGUUGUACUUUGCUAUCACCAAUGUUGUUAAUGAAACGUUUUUGCUGUUGUCUUGAGAUGUAAUGUUCUUAAAGGUGUUAUUUCAACAAAUACGAAAUCUGUACUAGCAUUCAGCCAUUCAGGAAAUCCGGCAGCUUCCGGUCCGACCAGCUAGCGCAGCCAUGGGGCGGAGGCUGCCGCCGCCUCCCUCCCCAGAUCCCGUGGCCGUUCCUAAUCCUCCCCACCAGAUCCCGUCGAGCACCCUCCCUCCCCAGACCUCGUAGCCACUAACCCCACCCCGCUUCCCCAGAUUCCGUCGAGGCGGCGGACUCGGCCUCCGCGGAGAUGGUGAGCGCCAUGGUGUCGGUGUGGCCGGCGAGGAGGUCGGUGUGAGCUUCUCGGCAAGGGCCAGAGCCAGGAGGCCCCGCGUCGUUACCGGGGAGGAGGAGGACGGGGGCGGGGUCAUCCUGCUUCCCGAGCCUCCGAUUCUGCUGUGUGUGACCGCCGCAGCCUCCUACGUGCUCUGUAUUUCUUGCUUCUGCUCUCAGUUUAGUUUUGUUUGUGCAAAGUGAUGGAGCUUGUUUUUCCUUUAGUUCAAUUAAGGCUAUACUAUUUUCUGUUCGAAUCUGAGUUAGAAAGUGCUAGACAUCUCAUUGUGUGCUGUCUUUUAAGCAAAUUAUGCAUGGUAAAGAGGUUUUUUGUUA